CGGAGGUGACAUCUUUGCAAUUAUGAUAUUAAUUGUUUUACCUAACUUUCGCUAUUUAUUUAUCAAUGACCCAAUUCGACGAGAAGAAACAAUUAAGAAUGAUCAAAAGAAUGACGCAAAAUAUGGCGCCAAGGGAUGA